AUGGCCGACCAAUUAACAGAAGAUCAAAUUGCCGAAUUCAAGGAAGCCUUCUCCCUAUUUGACAAGGACGGCGAUGGUACCAUUACCACCAAGGAAUUGGGAACUGUUAUGAGGUCGUUGGGCCAGAAUCCAACAGAGGCAGAACUGUCUGAGAUGAUCAAAGAGGUUGAUGCCAACGGCAACGGAACGAUCGACUUUCCGGAAUUCCUCACAUUGAUGGCUAGAAAGAUGAAGGAUGCUGAUUCUGAAGAAGAGAUCAAGGAAGCAUUCAAAGUUUUCGACAAGGACGGCAAUGGUACUAUCUCAGCAGCAGAACUCCGUCACGUCAUGACCAACUUGGGUGAAAAGUUGACAGAUGAAGAAGUUGAUGAAAUGAUUCGUGAAGCUGAUGUGGAUGGAUCUGGCCAAAUCAACUAUGAAGAAUUUGUCAAGAUGAUGCUCGCCAAAUAA